GGGGUCUACGAGGGGGUCGCACAUAUGGUGCCGGAAACCCGGGACGGAGGGUCGCUAGCUCCCCUAGCGACCCCCUCCCUCCAGCGACCUCCCCAGCCCUCCUCCAAUUCGGCCUCAGCACUCCGGACCAGGCUGGAUUGAAGCUUACCCCACAGCCUCUGAGUCUUCCGGGACAGUAGCCACUCAUCUCAUUCAAGACAUCAUCCCACGCUUUGGACUCCCGGCUACCAUACAGUCAGACAACGGCCCAGCCUUUAUCUUCAAAGUCACUAAUGCCGUUUCUACCUCUCUAGGAAUUCAGUGGAAGCUACACACCUCCUACCAUCCUCAGUCCUCUGGUAAGGUGGAACGGGCCAAUGGCCUAAUAAAGGAGCAUCUGACCCAGCUCAUGCUUGAGCUCUGCCAAUCCUGGGUAACCUUGCUUCCUAUCGCCCUCACCAGGUUGAGAGCAAGCCCCCGGGGCCCAUCACCGCUUAGCCCAUUUGAGCUGCUGUAUGGUAGCCCCUUCCUACUUUCAACUCCCCCACCGCCAGAGACCACUCCUCUAGACAGCUACCUCCCCUACUUUACUCUCCUUCGCAGUCUUCUCCAAGAACACGCCAACGCUUCUCUUCCCCAACCCACCCAGCCAUCUGAAAAUACACAGAAAGUCUCCCCCGGGGACUCAGUUCUUAUCAGGUCCCUCUCCCCAAAGCCCCUCAUCCCCAAGUGGGAAGGACCAUACACAGUCCUCCUUACCACUCCAUCAGCUAUAAGAGUUGCUGAAAUCCCAUCUUGGGUCCACCUGUCUCGGGUAAAAAAGGCCCCUCAUGGACCCUCCUUAUGCUGGAAGUCUGUUCCUACUGGCCCUUUAUCUGUCAAACUUACCAGGGCCUAGCAGCCACAUUCCCUACAGAUGGAGAUUCUUCCUAACUGAAAACUAUACCAAAACCACCUUCAUCUGUAAUACCCCUCCAUACAGCCACAACCAUCUUCUUGCAACUUCCGACUGCCCCGCAGCCGGAUGCCAAAGGGCCAUAUAUCUGAACUUCACCAAAUUCCAUAACAUCCAUACUGAUAUACCCCUCAUGUGCUUCAACCAUGACCAACCAUCAGGAGCAUGCAAUAAUACUCCUUGGCGCUCCUGCAUGGGAUGUACUUGGAUGAACUGUCGACUACAUAUAGCCGUCAAGUCCACAGUACCUGCCCGAUCUCAGCUCAAAAUCAUCCCAGACAUAGAUGGAGAAGGAAACACCAUUAUCGGUUCUACACGGUAUUCCAUUCUCAUACCUGACCCCUGGGACAACCGGUGGAAAAGCCCCCAGAAAGCUGCUGUGUAUGACCACAAAGAUACCAAAUAUCCCUCUUCCCACCUGUACAUCUGGCGGGCAUACGUACGUACAGUCCACCAAGUUCACUCUGAUAUUAGCCUACAAGAAACAUCUCUGAAUGACCAAUUGCAACCACAUUCAUCUCCGUUUUCCUGGUUAACUUUUCUCCAAGAAGGAAUCAAGUUAGCUAACCUCUCAGAACUAACUGACCUAACUUCAUGCCUCAUGUGUGACUUCUUAGGACAGACUCCCUUCAUUGCAGUCCCUUACCCCAUCCCUCUCAACCUUUCAGCCUCAACUUCUUCCUUCUCCCCCGUCAGGGAAGUCGAUCUCUACACUCCACCUGAUUUUGAACAGCUACCUGUGUGCUAUUCCCUAGGCCAAAACUUCCCUAGCUGUAACAGAACUAUACUGGUAACCACUAAUAUAACAGCCCCACGAGGAACGUUUUUUUGGUGUAACAGGACCUUAACAAAAACUCUCUACAUUGGCCUUUCCUCAUCUCUUUUAUGCCUCCCAGUAACCCUAGUCCCUCGACUCACUAUAUAUUCUUCAGCCGAAUUCCAGAUGCUGCAAGCUCCCCAUCGCCACACCCGAUGAGCUGCCUUCCUACCCAUUGCCGUUGGAGUCUCCCUUGCUGGUUCAGCACUUGCAGCAGGAUUAGGGGGAGGGGCACUAGUCCACUCUCACCUGGCCAUAGCCCGACUGACCUCAACUCCAAGCAGCUAUUGAUGACUCUACUGAGUCUUUAGCAUCACUCCAACGACAGAUCACCUCAGUUGCCCAAGUUGCCUUGCAGAACCGAAGAGCCCUGGACCUGCUCACUGCUGAACGAGGAGGGACCUGUAUCUUCCUACAAGAAGAGUGCUGUUACUACAUCAAUGAAUCCGGCCUAGUAGAAACCCGAAUCGAGAGCCUCCAGAAACUCAAAACUAGCCUGCAGAGUCAGAAGUUCUCGGCUAAAGCCACGGCGUGGUGGUCUUCCUCUAUGUAUACCCUCUUGUCCCCAUUGUUUGGGCCCCUAGUAGCCGUUUGCCUAAUUUUACUUAUUGCUCCUUGCUUUCUACAGUUCAUACAGCGGCGCUUUCAAGAACUGACUCGAGUCACCAUCCACCAGAUGCUGCUCCAACCCCACCCUGAACGAGUGCAAGAAACAGACCUCUCCCUGAACAUCCAGGCUCCUUAAGAAAAGAGACCUCUUCAGAACCCCCCAUCGACCCUUGUCAGCAGGAAGUAGCCAGAUCGAUUCCGCCACCCUUUUCCUUUUUAAGGAGUCGGCAAUGUUCGGUAGAAAGUCCUGCCAUCUUUCCCCCAGGUUUCUUGCCCCCACCCUCCCCCCAGGCUUCCUGCUGCCCUGAGGAAAGCCCGCCAAGCCUGCUCUGUUCUGCCCAGCAACAACAAGCAGCCAAUCAUCACAGCAGGAAAGCCCGCCAAGCCUCGGCCUAUCCUGAACCGACACGUAACCCUCUGAGCCACCUCAGCAGUCUGCCCAGAGACAGACAGCCUAUCCUAAGCUCCUACGACACUCCGCCAGCCCUGUGUCCACGCCCCAUCCACCCCCCCUAUAAAACCCUCCUACCCCAGCUGCGCAGUCACAGCCAGCCCCGAUCUCCUUCCUUUCCUGGCCUGCCCGCUGGUCCCAAUAAACCUGAACUCGGCUUCCAACUCUCAAGCUGUUACUUGGGGUCGGGUACCGGGCAGGGGUCUACGAGGGGGUCGCACACAUAGUACCUUUUCUAAAGUUUGUAAACUUGUUAAUUAUCUUGGCGUUUUCUGGGGUUGGAAUAGUUCGAAAUAAAUUUCUAUUAUUUUUACUGUGUUAGAAUUUCUUUACCAAACUGACUUAAACAGGCAAAGCUUAGUAAUGUUUACAAAGGAGGAUUAUUUAAAUUUAUUUUUAGUAAUCUGCCCCAAUUCCUCAUUUACUGUUAUGAACUUGCUGAGGCAGACAUAUAAUUUCUCUGGACCUUUUCAAAUCUUUAUGUGAGCCUGUAAGUAUAUAAUUGAGGGCAGUUUUCAGUCUUCACUUGUAUUAAUUUGGUGUAUGUGUUUAAAAAAAGGAUAGCUAAUAGAUAAGGGCAGGAAUCUCAU